AUGUCCUCCAAAUACCCAGAAGGUGUCACAGGAAGGGUGGAAUUUAAUGAGGACGGAGACAGAAAAUUUGCCAACUACAGCAUUAUGAACCUUCAAAACCGAAAACUCGUCCAAGUUGGGAUAUUCAAUGGAAGCCACAUUUUACAGAAUGACAGAAAGAUUAUUUGGCCGGGAGGUGAAACAGAAAAAAACCUGAAGGGUACAAAAUGUCGACCAAUCUAAAGAUAGUGACUAUUCACCAAGAGCCGUUUGUUUAUGUCAAAGCAGCAUUACCAGAUGGUUCCUGUAAAGAGGAAUUUGGUAUAACUGGUGAACUUAUCAAAAAGGUUCGAUGCUCAGGGCCAAAUGAGACCAUCCCAGGUCGCCCCACCAUCCCCCAGUGUUGUUAUGGCUUCUGCAUUGACCUGCUGCUGAAACUUGCCAAAGAAAUGAAUUUCAACUAUGAAUUCCACCUGGUGGCUGAUGGGAAGUUUGGUACACAGGAGCGGGUCAAUAACAGCAAUAAGAAGGAAUGGAAUGGAAUGAUGGGUGAGCUGUUGAGCGGACAAGCGGACAUGAUCGUUGCACCUCUGACCAUCAACAAUGAAAGAGCUCAAUAUAUUGAAUUCUCCAAGCCCUUUAAAUAUCAGGGGCUCACCAUCCUUGUGAAAAAGGAAAUACCUAGAAGCACCUUGGACUCAUUCAUGCAACCAUUCCAAAGCACCCUAUGGCUCUUGGUGGGUCUCUCUGUCCAUGUGGUGGCGGUAAUGUUGUAUCUACUGGACAGGUUCAGUCCUUUUGGCCGGUUUAAAGUGAACACAGAGGAAGAAGAGGAGGAUGCGCUGACGCUCUCUUCCGCCAUGUGGUUCUCCUGGGGUGUCCUUCUGAACUCUGGUAUUGGAGAAGGAGCACCAAGGAGUUUUUCUGCUAGGAUCCUGGGCAUGGUUUGGGCUGGAUUUGCUAUGAUCAUUGUAGCUUCCUAUACUGCCAACCUGGCUGCCUUCCUGGUGUUGGACAGGCCUGAGGAGAGGAUAACAGGAAUCAAUGACCCCAGGCUGCGAAAUCCCAGCGACAAGUUUAUUUACGCCACAGUCAAGCAGAGCUCCGUGGACAUCUACUUCAGGAGACAGGUGGAGUUGAGCACCAUGUACAGGCACAUGGAGAAACACAACUAUGAGAGCGCUGCUGAGGCCAUCCAAGCGGUGCGAGACAAUAAACUCCAUGCCUUCAUCUGGGACUCAGCAGUGCUGGAAUUUGAGGCCUCUCAGAAGUGUGACUUGGUCACCACAGGAGAAUUAUUUUUCCGUUCUGGUUUUGGCAUUGGUAUGAGGAAGGACAGUCCGUGGAAACAAAAUGUGUCACUGAACAUUCUCAAAUCCCAUGAGAAUGGAUUCAUGGAAGACCUUGAUAAGACUUGGGUUAGAUAUCAGGAAUGCGAUUCUCGCAGCAAUGCCCCAGCUACUACACUUACAUUUGAGAAUAUGGCAGGUGUCUUCAUGCUUGUCGCUGGUGGUAUUGUUGCUGGAAUCUUCCUGAUAUUUAUUGAGAUUGCAUACAAGCGGCACAAAGAUGCCCGCAGGAAACAGAUGCAGUUGGCCUUUGCCGCCGUUAAUGUCUGGAGGAAAAACCUGCAGGAUAGAAAAAGUGGUAGAGCAGAACCUGACCCUAAAAAGAAAGCCUCUUUUAGGUCCAUCACCUCCACCCUGGCCUCCAGCUUCAAGAGACGUAGGUCCUGCAAAGACACG